UUUAUAUCCAUUUCCACCUCCACCUCCACCUCCAUCAUCUAAAACACUAACACCAACAACAACAUCACCUUGAAAUACACCAAGGAUUCCAUUACCCCGCCAUCGCCACCAGAGAGAUAGAUAGAUAGGGUGAUAGGUCAAAGAUCACAACACAGAUCAAUCACCCACAUUUAUUCCAAACCCAGUCACCAAUCUUCUACUCUCCAUCCCACUCAAUCCCACUCAAUCCCAAAGAACAAGAAGGAGAAAAAAGACGCCAUGCCAGAAAAACGACCCGACACACCUCGCGAACUCUUCGCAGGACCUGAAUCAGGACCUGAAACACCAUUCCCGAUUAAAUUACAAGGACCUAUUAUCAAAGGAUUUGGGAGGGGGAGUCGAGAGCUCGGUAUCCCAACCGCCAAUAUCCCACCUGAAGGAUUAUCAACCUAUCCCAAUCUUGAAUCCGGUGUGUAUUACGGAUUUGUUGGAUUAUCACUACCUUCAUCAGUAGAAGGAACGCCCUCCUCCUCAACCCCAUCUACACCAACUCCCUCUUCUUCUACAACAACAACGACUUCCGUCCCGCUCAGCACUCCGCAACAACCCAGUAAAAUCUACCCAUGCGUCUUAUCCAUCGGCUACAAUCCCUUCUACCACAACAAAACCCGAAGUGUGGAAAUCCAUAUUCUACAAUCAUUCAAACAUGAUUUCUACGGGGCCGGGUUGAAUUUGUUGAUGUUGGGGUUUAUUCGUCCGGAAUAUGAUUAUGAUUCCUUGGAGGCUUUGGUGGAUGAUAUUCAUUUCGAUUGUGAGGUUGCGAGGAGGAGUUUGUUGCGCGAAUCGUAUUUGGCGGCCAAGAAGGAAUAUCAUUCUUGGUUGGAGGAUUUUGAGUGGGUGAACAAGGUUGAUGCCGUCGAGGUGGAGAGGGCGGUUUUGAAUAAAGCUUCUUGACCGAGGAGGAUGGAAUCAUCCUUGAUAGACUGAUUUGAUAGAUGGGCGAAUGAUUAACAACUACAUUGAGUUCAAUGGAACAACAACAUCUCAAC